AAAAAUUAUACUAUUAUAUGGAGAUGAUACGAAUCCCCCUUCAGUAAGUGUACAAAAAGAAAAGGCCAUCACUUUUUCUUUCCUUGUGUUUAGUUUCUUCUCAUCACCAUGGCUUCAAGCACAGCUGAAGAAAUAACCCAUGAUUUUCCACCAUUCAUUCGUGUUUACAGAGAUGGCAGAGUAGAAAGAUUAAUUGGCAACGAUGUUGUCCCUCCUUCAAUCAAUCGCGACACCGGUGUUCAGUCCAAAGAUGUCGUAAUUGACCCGGAGAUUGGCUUAUCUGCAAGGCUCUACAUCCCCCAAACCCCCAACCCACAUCACAAACUUCCUCUUCUUGUCUACUUUCAUGGCGGUGGCUUCUGCAUCGAAACCGCCUUCUCCCCCACAUACCAUAACUAUCUCAAUUCACUUGUCGCCGAAGCCAACAUUGUUGUGGUCUCUGUUGAUUAUAGAAGAGCCCCUGAGCACCCUCUCCCAAUCGCUUACGAUGAUUCUUGGGCCGCUGUCAAGUGGGUUGGUUCUCACUCGACAGCUGAUGGUGGUGAGGUAUGGCUAAAGGAGUAUGUUGAUUUUGAUCGGGUUUUCUUUGCAGGAGAUAGUGCAGGUGGUACCAUAGCACACAACAUGGCAAUUCGGGUCGGGUCAGAUGGGCUGGAUGGUGUGAAGAUUGUUGGGAUGGUUUUAAUCCAUCCAUAUUUCGUUCCACGGUCGGUGGCUUAUUAA